GCAAUCGUGAUUCUUUCGGGCAGUGUCGAUACGAUCGCCGUACUCGUUCGAGCAUCAACGCGCACCACGAGAGCCAGGACGUUGAGGGAGUUGAUUAUCGCAAGGCGGCGCGGAGAAGCGAGAGGAAGGGCAAGAGAACCAGCAAUAGUGAGGAUCAGUUACGUAGGAGUUGGAGUAAAUCGGCUCGGCUUAGUGUGCCAUCUUCAUCGUACCCGACAAAUUCACGUCAAGAAAUUCACGCCAAGAUGUUCAGACUCGCGAUAGUCGGCACAGCGCUCUUCGUGGUAUCCACCCUGGCCGCACCGGCGGCACAGGACUCGGCCGCGGCAGCGCCAACCUCGAUCCUCGAGGAAGCCCUCGACGUGUACGCUUCCUGCUCCGGGGAAUCGAGCGUCGCGGUGUGUCUCAAACUGAAGGCCCUGCGCUACGUCGACCGUGCCGCCCGAUCGGCCGACAUCGACAUCAUCGACGGAUUCAAGAUCGUGCAGACCGAGGAGGCCAAGAACAGCCGCGCUGACAAUGCGAGGUCUCUCAAUGACAUCGAAAGUACCUUGCCAGCCGAGACCGAAGCCAAAGAAGCCGCGAUCGACCAGGCCCUCGUUGACAGAGCCGCCAAAUUCUUGUCCACGCACACCGUCGAGCUGAGCCUGCCCGAGGAGGUCUCUCGCUCCUUCGACGAAGCUCGUGGCAAAAAGAAGAGAAUCGUGAAAUCCCUGUUGCCUAUUCUCCUUCUUCUGAAACUCAAGGCCGCCGCCCUCAUCCCGAUCGCCCUCGGCGCUCUGGCGCUGAUCGCCUUCAAGGCCCUCGUCAUCGGCAAGAUCGCCCUCAUCAUCAGCUUGAUCAUCGGUCUGCAGAAACUGCUGGCUCAGAAGCACCACGGCUACGACAUCGUCGCUCACCCCGUCCACUCCUACGGACACGACGAGCAUGUCCACCAUGACCAUCACGGCUGGGCAAGGUCCGGCGCGGAUCUCGCGUACAACGCGUAUAAGCCCUCUGAAUAGCUCAAUGUCUCGUACAAUCUCCCUCCCCCCUAACUCUCUACCUUCAUUCGCCAAAGUGAUCGUCUCUAACCCCGGCGGUCACCCGAGGGUGGCGUGACCCAGCUUCUCAGGGAACCGCGGACGACAAACGCUCAGCUCUCUCUCUUUCUCUCUCUUUGUCUCUCUUGAAGACAACUCGAAGGAGACUUGCGUUCUGCGACGCAAGAACGACGAACCAGAUUGAAAACGCAAUCGCACGCUGAUGAACGUGCGACUAUCCUUCAAGGACGAGCACUUCGUUACCGGAUUUGAACCGUAGCACGCGACACACGACGACACGACGAUGGUAGCCGACGACGGGGAUUCCGCAUCGACGUGCAUGAAGGCUCGAUGCGCGCCCCGGCAAUCCUUGACAACGACGAUAACGAUGAUGACGACAACGACGACGAUGACAACGACGACGAUAACGACGAAGAAAGAUUGUUAUUCGUGAGAUCAACGAGAAUCUCGAAACUCUCCCAAAACGGUGACCUGUCACAGCGGUAGAGGUCGCGCCCCCUCGAUCACUCGCGCAGUAUCCUUUCAGAGUCCUUCGCGUCUAAUCCGCACGCGAAUCGACUCGUAGUCAAUGCUCGCGCGAGACCACCAGAUUUAAUCCAAUGAUUAUUUAUAUAUCGAUCACCCCUGUCGGGAUCACAUCAUGUAACUUAUCGUAUUAUUUAUAAAUAAAUUGUAAUUUUAUAUAAUAUA